UGCGUAUGUUUAACUAAAAUAGAAAUUUGUAAAGUAACAACGAAUUCAAAACGUUUGAAUAUCUAUUUGGUUUGUUAGAUAAAUUAUUUAAAAAAGGAAAAUAAAAUCGAAAAGUAAACAUCGACGAAAUUCAUUUACAUUGUGAUUCAAUUUGAUUGUGUAUAAACAAACAAAAUGCCAAAGGUUGUGUCACGCAGCAUUGUCUGUUCGGAUGUGAAAGAUCAACAAGAGUACAAUGAAGAGAAUCCAUUACACAUUUACUACUGCCUAUGUGGACAAAUGACAUUAAUUUUAGAUAGUGACAUAGAGAAAUUACCAUUGCGUAAAAGGGACGGAGCAAGAGUAAUCGAUUCCACAUAUCAUGCCCAUAAAAUUACCUGUGAACCAGACGAAACAAUUUAUGUACGGCGUGAUGUUGGAAUUGAGAAACAGUAUCGCUUCAAGUGUAAAACAUGCCAUUUGCCGCUAUUCUAUCGACACAGUCCAGAUAGCAAGGUAACAUUCAUUUUGAAACGUGCUAUCGUUCAGUCAAAGAACGAAAAUCCAUUCAAAGCAAUUGGAGAUAUUGGCAGUCAAAUUCUAUCAACACAAGGUCCGCGUAAAGUGUUGGUCACAAAACACACGAAAAAUAUGGGCAAAUUUAGUUCCGUCACAGUUUCAACGAUUGAUGAAGAAGAAGAUGAAAUUGAAGCGCGCGAAAUCGCUGACAGCUAUGCAAAUAAUGCUCGUAUCAUUGAGAAACAAUUGAAACGAAAAGGUGGGAAACUCAACGAUAUUCCUGAAACAAAUAACACAACGAUGCAGUCGAAAAAGACACGAGGAACUCUUCUAAAUAUUUAAACAGCUCACUCGCAUUUAUUUGUACAUUUAAAAUAAAUUCUAAGGGCCUACACUCAAAUACAAAACAUUUAAUAAAAUAUCGAGUUUUAAAAAUGCACAAAGUUAAAA